AUGGCGGGCCGCCGGGCGCGCCGCUCGCUGCUGGCGGCGCCCGCGGGCCUGCUGCUACUGCUCGCUCUGCUCUGGCCGGGGGAGGUAAGCUGCGGCUAUCACGAGAAGCGGCUGCUGCACCAUCUGCUGGACCAUUACAACGUGCUGGAGCGACCCGUAGUCAACGAGAGCGAUCCGCUCCAGCUCUCCUUCGGCCUCACGCUUAUGCAGAUCAUUGACGUGGAUGAAAAGAACCAGCUCUUAAUAACAAACAUCUGGCUCAAACUUGAAUGGAAUGACAUGAAUUUGAGAUGGAACACUUCGGACUUUGGCGGAGUCAAAGAUUUACGCGUUCCACCACAUAGAUUAUGGAAACCAGACGUUCUUAUGUACAACAGUGCAGACGAAGGUUUUGACAGCACUUACCCUACAAAUGUAGUAGUGCGAAACAACGGCUCCUGUCUCUACGUACCGCCUGGAAUCUUUAAAAGCACUUGCAAAAUAGACAUAACCUGGUUUCCUUUUGACGACCAAAGAUGCGAAAUGAAGUUUGGGAGUUGGACAUACGAUGGUUAUCAACUGGAUCUUCAAUUGCAAGAUGAAGCCGGCGGAGAUAUAAGUAGUUUUGUUACAAACGGAGAAUGGGAACUUAUAGGAGUACCAGGAAAACGUAAUGAGAUCUACUACAACUGUUGCCCCGAGCCAUAUAUUGACAUUACCUUCGCAGUAGUGAUUCGGCGGAAGACUUUAUACUAUUUUUUCAAUCUUAUCGUGCCAUGUGUGCUUAUUGCUUCCAUGGCAUUGUUAGGGUUCACGUUACCACCGGAUUCUGGUGAAAAACUCUCUUUAGGUGUUACAAUAUUACUGUCUCUGACAGUGUUUUUAAACAUGGUAGCAGAGACAAUGCCGGCAACGUCAGAUGCAGUACCUCUACUAGGCACAUAUUUUAACUGCAUUAUGUUUAUGGUGGCAUCUUCUGUCGUAUCAACGAUUCUUAUCCUUAAUUACCACCAUAGACAUGCGAAUACACACGAAAUGAGUGAUUGGAUUCGGUGCGUGUUUUUGUAUUGGCUACCUUGGAUUCUUCGAAUGUCGCGACCGGGUUCAGCGACCACUCCACCGCCAGCUCGCGCGCCUCCUCCCCCAGACUUGGAAUUGCGCGAGCGAUCUUCAAAGUCGCUAUUAGCCAAUGUGCUCGACAUCGAUGAUGACUUCCGGCAUACCCACGCGCAACAACCACCCUGCUGCCGAUACUACAGGUCCCUCGACGAUCUACACGAACACUACUCUCCAAGUGGUGAAGAAAAUGGCGCAGGUUUAGCGGCGCAUAGCUGCUUUGGUGUCGACUACGAACUCUCUUUGAUACUAAAAGAGCUUCGAGUCAUCACAGAUAAGAUGCGCACAGACGACGAAGAGGCGGACAUUUCGCGCGACUGGAAAUUCGCUGCCAUGGUCGUGGACAGACUGUGCCUUAUUAUCUUUACCCUGUUCACAAUCAUUGCCACGCUAGCCGUGCUACUGUCCGCACCACACAUCAUGGUGUCCGGUUUGGGUGUCGAAGCCGCGACGUUGGAGUUGCCGCCGCCUGCCUCGUCACCCAUGCCCCCCUAUAGAAAUAAGUUACCGCUGACUGCCAACCUAAUGCAUUCCACCAAAGAACUGCCUAUCCAGUUUCUUGUCUUCUUCUUCCUCGCCUCUAUUCAGCGGCUCAAUCUAUGCUCUUCUAUAUACAUGACUGGUUCUAGCUGGGAGGGUGUAGGCUGUAUAGGUUUGGGCGCGGCACGGGAAGAAGCGCGUUUGCCGCGUGCGGCAGUGACCGCCGCCAUGACGGCUAGGUCGCGCGCUCCCAUACUCGUCGUCUUACUUUUAGCGGCACUAUAUUCAGGAUGGUGUUCCGAAGACGAAGAACGACUGGUGCGAGAUCUUUUCCGAGGUUACAACAAGCUCAUACGACCCGUUCAGAAUAUGACACAGAAAGUGGACGUUAGAUUCGGCCUCGCCUUUGUACAGCUCAUUAACGUUAAUGAAAAAAAUCAAAUCAUGAAAUCGAAUGUAUGGCUAAGGUUGGUGUGGAUGGAUUAUCAGCUGAUGUGGGAUGAAGCUGACUACGGCGGCAUCGGUGUGCUGCGACUACCACCUGAUAAGGUUUGGAAACCAGAUAUCGUGUUAUUCAACAACGCCGACGGUAAUUACGAAGUGAGAUACAAAUCUAACGUACUCAUUUAUCCAAACGGCGAGGUACUUUGGGUUCCACCGGCAAUUUACCAAAGCUCGUGCACCAUUGACGUCACAUACUUUCCAUUCGAUCAGCAGACUUGCAUAAUGAAGUUCGGAUCGUGGACAUUCAACGGCGAUCAAGUGUCACUAGCACUCUACAACAAUAAAAACUUUGUAGACCUCUCGGAUUACUGGAAGUCGGGCACUUGGGACAUUAUAGAAGUACCAGCUUAUUUAAAUAUCUAUGAGGGCAAUCAUCCGACUGAAACAGACAUCACUUUCUACAUAAUUAUCCGAAGAAAGACAUUAUUUUAUACCGUUAACUUAAUCUUGCCGACAGUUUUAAUAUCAUUUCUCUGUGUACUCGUGUUCUACUUGCCCGCCGAGGCUGGUGAAAAAGUUACUUUGGGUAUCAGUAUUUUACUGUCACUGGUCGUGUUCUUGCUGCUCGUUUCAAAAAUUCUUCCUCCCACGUCUCUGGUGCUGCCGUUAAUAGCAAAGUAUUUACUCUUCACAUUUAUAAUGAACACCGUCAGUAUCCUCGUCACAGUAAUCAUAAUCAAUUGGAACUUCAGGGGACCUCGGACUCAUAGAAUGCCUCUCUGGAUAAGGAGCGUCUUUUUACACUACUUACCAGCAGCUCUGCUCAUGCGACGACCUCGCAAAACGAGACUGCGUUGGAUGAUGGAAAUGCCGGGAAUGGGCGCUCCGCCACAUCCAACCGCCACUCAUGACUUGCCCAAACAUAUUAGCUCAAUUGGUUCUAAACAAGGUAAAAUGGAGGCCAUGGAACUUUCGGACUUACAUCAUCCCAACUGUAAAAUAAACCGCGCGUCGGGCGGAGGCGAGGUGGGCGCGCUGGGAGGACUCGGAGCGCUCGGCCUCGACAACCGGCGGGAAUCAGAGAGUUCCGACUCGCUACUCUUGUCUCCCGAAGCAGCCAAGGCCACCGAAGCUGUGGAAUUCAUCGCAGAACAUUUACGUAAUGAAGAUCUCUAUAUUCAAACUAGAGAAGAUUGGAAAUACGUGGCUAUGGUUAUAGAUCGAUUACAACUGUACAUAUUCUUCAUAGUGACCACGGCAGGGACCGUCGGUAUAUUGAUGGACGCGCCUCACAUCUUUGAAUAUGUCGAUCAAGAUCGCAUCAUUGAAAUAUAUAGAGGAAAAUAA